CACUGUUUUUCCUUGUUACCGAAAAAUUAGAGCCUUUUCUCUCGUCUCCCAAAUCCUAACGCAAAAUAAAAAAAACGGAAGAACAAUUUUUCUAGGGUUUCUUCUGGUUUGAAGCAAUCACUUUUUUUGUUGCUUUAAACAUUCAUCGAUUUUUUCAUUUUUUUAAAAUUUGCGUUCGGAUUCGUUAUUUCGUCAUUCUGAAAUAGGAAGCGGUUUCAAUUUCAGUUUCUUAACCUUAAUGCUCCAAACUUGCUGCCGCAUCUUAGAUCUUCUCAUGCUUCUGCAUCAAGCAAGAUCUUUUCAAUAUUUAAACGAAGUCAGAGGCAUUGACAUGUCUUAAUUUUUGAGGUUUCUGAAAUAUUUGGGGACGGAGAUGAAGCUAGCUGCUCUGUUGACUUCUGCUGGUAUCAAUACUGCAGUGAGCGUAGUGCUGUUCUCCUUGUAUUCGGUUUUAAGGAAACAACCAAGCUUUGUAAAUGUUUACUUUGGUGCGAAGAUUGCUCAGGUAAGAUCAAGACAACAGGAUGCCUUUCGGUUUGAUCGAUUUGUUCCUUCUCCAAGUUGGAUCCUAAAGGCAUGGGAGACAUCUGAUGAAGAAAUAUGCGCUACUGGUGGCUUGGAUGCAGUGGUAUUCGUGCGGAUGAUUGUUUUCAGUUUCCGAAUAUUCUCCAUUGCAGCCAUUGUAUGCAAUUUUCUUGUGCUCCCACUUAAUUAUUUUGGAAAAGAGAUGCAGCGUCACCAGAUUCCAGCUGAGACAUUGGAGGUAUUCACCAUUGCGAAUGUUGAGGAAGGGUCCAGAUGGCUUUGGGCUCACUGCCUUGCGUUGUACCUCGUAUCCUGCUGUGCUUGUUUUCUUCUAUACCUUGAGUACAAAAGCAUUUCAAGGAUGAGGCUGGCUUACUUUACUUCAUCUGUUUCCAACCCAAGUUAUUUCACAGUUCUUGUUCGUGCCAUCCCAUGGUCGCGAGAAGAAUCAUACAGUGGAACAGUGGCAAGAUUCUUCACAAAUUUCUAUGCAUCAAGCUUUUUAUCUCAUCAAAUCGUUUAUCGAUCUGGCUCUGUUCAGAAACUGGUGACUGAUGCAGGGAAGGUGUGCAAGAUGCUAAAACUGACGCCUAGGGAACUACAUAUUGGAUCAAAUUCCAUGAGAUGUGGUCUUUGUGGAACAACAGCAUCGUUCAGCAUGCUUCCCAUGGAUGCGGAAGGUGACAAAGGAAGAAGUGAUUUUGGCGGUUCAGAUUUGAGGAAAAAGGAGUCUGCAGCUGCUUUAGUUUUUUUCAGGACUCGCUAUGCUGCUUUGGUUGCUUCUCAGAGCCUUCAAUCUCGAAAUCCUAUGUCAUGGGUCACAAAUCUUUCUCCAGAACCAGGUGAUAUGUAUUGGUCAAACAUUUGUGUCCCAUAUAGACUCCUUUGGAUACGCAAAGUAGCUAUUCUUGUGGCCUCGAUGGCUUUGGUGGCAUUUUUCAUUGUGCCUGUUUCAUUAACACAAGGUCUUGUUCACCUCGACAAGCUUCAAAAGACAUUUCCAUUUCUUAAAGGAGUUUUAAAGAGAAAAGCAAUGAGUCAGCUGGCUACGGGAUAUCUACCAAGUGUCGUGUUAAUAAUAUUUAUGUACAUGGUUCCUCCAAUAAUGUUGCUAUUUUCUACAUUGGAAGGCUCUACCUCUCGUAGUGGUAGGAAGAGGAGUGCAAGCAUAAAAGUUUUGUGCUUCUUCAUCUGGAAUGUUUUCUUUGGUAACAUCCUCUCGGGCUCUGUGAUUGAGAGGUUCAGUAAGAUUUUUAAGGAUGUAAAUUACCUACUUGCAACAGCAGUACCAUCAACGGCCACCUUUUUUAUGACUUAUGUUUUGACAUCAGGCUGGGCAAGUCUAUCAUGUGAACUCAUGCAACCAUUUGGUUUACUCUGCAACUUAUUCUAUAUAUUUAUUCUCAGAAACAAGGAUGUCACUACAUAUGGCACAUUGACUUUUCCAUACCACACAGAAGUUCCGAGGAUCCUUCUAUUUGGGCUUUUUGGCUUUGUGUAUUCCACAUUGUCUCCUUUGAUACUGCCAUUCUUGCUGGUUUAUUUUUCCCUUGCUUACCUUGUAUACCGUAAUCAGAUCCUCAACGUAUAUGUAACAAAAUAUCAAACUGGGGGAACUUAUUGGCCUAUUGUGCACAACGCAACAAUUUUCUCAAUGGUGCUGAUGCAAGUUAUAGCCAUGGCAGUCUUUGGACUAAAAAAGUCUACAGUGGCGUCAAGCUUCGUAAUUCCGCUGAUAAUCAUGACACUCCUUUUCAAUGAGUAUUGCAGGCAAAGGUUUCAACCAUUAUUCAUGCAAAUCCCUGCUCAGAUUCUUAUUGAAAUGGACCGGCAGGAUGAACAAAAUGGGAAAAUGAAAGAGAUCCACCAAAAACUCACAACAUCUUAUACACAGUUUAAAUCCAAAUCCCGCACUCUGGGUGAUCCUAUGCCCCCAAAUAAUAACUGCAGGCUUGAAGACCUAGAAAUUAAUCCAGGUUCAAAUUUCUAAAUGACUUAUUAUUCUACAAUUUCUAUUUUUUUGCAUGUCUUUUAAAAUGUUCUUGACACUUUGUUAGUUAUAGGGAAAAGCCCUGUCCAUCAUCUCUCUUCUUAAUGGGUUCAACAUACGUUGAAAAUUGGAGAAUCAUUAUCAAGUAUAUGAAUUUCUGGGCAUUUACAUAUUGCUAGUUGUGAUUCUUCUAACUAUUUAUUUUUGGAGGAAAGGCAGACGAUAUCUUGAAUAGAAACUUUUAGUAUACACAGGAGAUAGUUAUUAUAAGCGCUCCUGGAGAAGCAAGAUUUUGAAGUGUUUAGAUUAUCUCUGUCUCACAUAGAGAUGAGAAGAUGGACGUAUUGAGUUUUUGUACAGAUGAUAGUUCCAUGAAUAAUGAAACUCUCUGUUAGAGUAUGAUGUUCUUACAUGUAUAGUUGAGAUACUUACAGGUUAUUCUAUCAGAGGAUUUUGUUUAUUCUA